GGCGAGAUGUGCGGGGGCUGUGUGGGCACGGAGUACCCCGAGCGGGGCACCACCUGCCUGGAGGGCGGCUCCUUCCUGCUCAACUUCGUGGGGUGCGCGCGAUGCGGCCGCCGGGACUUCGUGCUGCUGGGCAACCGCGCCGCGGGCCUGCACGGCGACGAUGAGAUCAUCACCUACGACCACCUGUGCAAGAACUGCCACCACCUGAUUGCUCGCCAUGAGUACACCUUCAGCGUGGUGGACGACUACCAGGAGUACACCAUGCUGUGCCUGCUGUGCGGCCGCGCCGAGGACUCGGUCAGCAUCCUGCCUGACGACCCGCGCCAGAUGACCCCACUCUUCUGAAGGCAGUUUGUAACCCUGGGGGGGGUGUGGGGGACGGAUUCAGCCCUGACCUGAGUCUCCUUUGUGCUGAAGAAAGGAAAGGGGGGGCCCAGCCUGUUGGAACCCCGAGGAGCGUGAGCAAUAAAGGUGAAUCUGGUACAGCCCAGAGCUGCGUACGGCG